AUGAAGAGAAGAAUAGAACAACUGAAAAGAACGACGGAAGAAGAGAUUGAAGAGGCUAAGAAAAAGGUGACAGAGCUACAGUGCGAUCUACUCGAGUUGCGCGAUGCGCACGCAAAGCUUCGCACAGCCAACGAGAAGCUGCGCCGCGACAAGGAGCGUCACGACCGUGACCGCGACCAGAACAAACUUCUAGUGGCAUCGCUUAAACGUGCGCAACAGGAGGAUGAUAGAGUCAUAAAUCAACUGCUGGAAACAAUUGAGGACCUUAUGAAGCAAAGUCCUGACUUAUUCCGCACCGAACCAUCCAAACCAGAAAAGACUCUUAUGACUCCGACACCUCCCAGGCGCAACAGAUCAUCAAAGUCACGGUCGCGUUCGGCGACGCCGGAGAGUGCGGAAGCGAACAGCGCGGCGAGCGCGGCGGCGACCGCGGCGCGCCUGCGCCGGCUCACCGACGAACUGCGCGCCUCGCGCAUCGCCGAGCGCACUCGCCGCCAGCAGGCCGCCGGCGCGCGACGAGGUGUGACAGCGGAGCCGCGGGAUGCGAUGUCAGUGUCUCCAGCCACAAGAACUCCUUCACGGACAUCCUCUCUCAAAAAACGCUCCAUAUCUCUCGAACAAACUACGAAAGAUCAGAGCACCAUAUGGAUGUCGGUCGAUGAAGGUAGCGUGUCAUCUAUGCAAUCUUUAGAUGGGGAUCCAGAUUCACGUCGUUUCACGUUACCUCGAGAUUCCAGUCUCGACAGUCGUCUAUCAGGCGGUUCUGCACAGAGCGAUGUAUUGCCAACGGAAAAAAAGAAAAAGAAAAGCAUCUUCGGAAAAUUAAAGAAACUUACAAAAUCCCGUUCCGUGGACGACCACGUCGAGAACGCAGAGGUUGUGGACUUUAGAUCUAUUGGCACUGUUUCACAGGGUUCCGACUCAGACAUGAGCGCAGCAGGAAGCAAACGAGAUUUACGAGGCCGAAUUUCAGAUAUGUUUAGCAGGAAAGGACAAGUAUCGCGCGCUAGCAGCAAGGAGCAGAGUCCGGAGCGCGGCGGGUCAGCCGCCAGCACGGGCAGCGUGUCCCGCGUCACGCCCGCCACACCGAAAGAAACACGCAGUCCGCGGACGACAAGCACAACACCGGGCACCAAAAGGAAAGGGAAAUAA